GUAGAAGGUAGGUCGCCUGAAUGACCUGAAAUUAACACGCCGUACAAAAUCUGACUCUAUAUUACCCUUCGGUUAAUAAUUUAGGGAACAACAAAUGAAUUCAGAGCGAUGAGCGUUACCUAACAUUUCUGCCAGGGAACGUAAACAUGGAGUGGGGUUGCGUUACGCUGCCCUCGUGUGUGAAGAAAGAGAAACGCUAGGUGCGUAGUGUGACCAGGGAAAUGUUACCUUUCUCAGGUAGCAUGCGCAUCGUAUCGUUGUCCCCGAGUUGUAAAUGUGAUAGCCAGCAUUCGAUACGGCUCAGAACACGGAACAUUCAUGGAGGACAGACACGGCUUGCUUACCCAGCAUGCAGCAGGAGCUGUGGCUUAGGGCCAGAGCUCAGGUGUUGUCCUCCCUCUCGUCCGUGUGUGCCAUGCGAGCAGCCUCAGACCCCCACCCCCACCCCCACCCCCUCAGGACCACAGAGGGCGGCCAGAUAAGUGGGUCGUACCCCAGCGUGCCCAAUGGUAUAGCGGGUGCAGGAGACAACCACCCCCACUCUCACCCCCACGGGCCUCCCUUCCACAGCUCCCCCAGGCCAGGCCACGUCAGGUCACGGACAUCCGGCCACACCUUGGCCCACGCUAACAAUCAUCAUCAUCAUCAUAGAGAUGCUGCAGGCAGUGAUGGCCUCCCAGACGGAUUCCAGCUCCUUCAUAACCCCCCUAAGGUCGUCAGGAGUCACCAGGAGCUUCACAAGGAGCUGCUGCUCGCACACAAAAAGCGGGGCAGGGAUCUGGUGGUGGGCAGCAGGCCGGAGCUGCACAUGGUGUUGGAGAGGAGGAAGAAGGAGCAGAGCCAGAGGCAGGAGGAGGAGCAGGCGAAGGGCCCACUGGAGCACGUGCUCCUCAAACGCCAGCAGAAGCACGAGGAGCAGAAUGCUCGAGAGGAAGAAGAGAGAGUUCGGGACGAAGCACAGCUCAUGGAGUUCGUUCGCGUGAGACAGAACCUGAGGAAGAUCCACUCCGCUUUGCAAAGCAAGGCCACAAACUCCUGAAUCUGCCGCGACAGUCCAUACCCCUCACGAGAGAGAGGGACAUCAAUUAGGCUCUGAGCUUCUCCAGCUGUUUUAGAAAUCACCUGCUGUACAAAUCAUGAACUGAAAGUCAAACAGAGAAGUUUCGUCAUGUCAUUCAGAUUCAAAGCAUUCAAACUUUUUGCUGUUAUUAUCGUAGUUUCAGUGAUCUGGAUUGCAAAACCACACCAGUAUUUGUGUCUUUGUGGGGUGGCCUGUUACAAAAGUAGACUGUGAAUUUAGCUCUUUCUUUAUUUCCUGCUAAGUGAGCCAAAUAUUGGUGAUGCAAUGUGCUGUUUAAUUUCUGAGAAAAGAGAGAGAACUUUUCACUACAGCUCUUCACAAGGGUGUGAGAUGUUUUGAUUAAGAGCUUAAAUGAAGAUGUAAGGUAUUCCUGAGAGUUUUUUGUUUCUUUACAGUAGGCCUAACACUAUGUUUAUUUUGAGACUAUUAUGUCAGUGUUUACACUUUGCAAUACAUCUAUGACAUACCUUAACUGUACUAGGCUAUGCUUUGGUAUUGAAGCUUAAUAAAAAUCUAAAUGUCCCUCUUUUCAUUUUCUGAUGCAUUCUGAUAAAAACUAAACCUGAUUUGAUGUCAAAUGUGAAUGCCGAUAAAUGACAAACACAUUUCAUUUAGUGGUAAUUUCAAAUU